GUCAGGAGAUCUAUUUAUGCAGCGCUUAGGAGCCAGGCUCACUUGUGAAAUUCAACCACAUAUUGUCCCCAAAAAGGACAGAAUAAGAGGAAGUGACAAGGUCCCCAUGUCAAGACCACAAAUGAAGGAACCUGCUUGAGUUGACCAGACUGAACUGCAGGGGCUUGGUGUCGAAGGGAGCAGACGUUCCAGCAGCAUCUCGCAUGUCAGAGCUGCACUUUCUUCGAAGGGACUUUCCUGGUGAACAGCUUUCAUCUAAAAGACUGCUAUAAAUAAGUUGUUUCAGUCAAGUCCCCCCAAAGCAUAUUUGUCUUCUGAUCUUCUGUCAUUUGCAAGGUGCUAAGGACACAGUAGUGAACAAGAGAAAUGGAAUGCCUGCCUCCAUGGGACUUCUGUCUAGUAGGAGGGCUCGGCACUGUGAAGAAAAGUCUGAUGAUCUCCGAGGGAAACCUGCACUCGGCCAUCAGAGCGCUCCUGACCCUGGAGAGGCUCACAGUUCAAUGGUAGAUGCAGGUGGUGUUGAGAGCAUCACCCAGUGUCCUCCGAAGAUUCCUCAGAUGAUGGCUGCAGCAGCCGAUGGUUUGGGGAGUAUAGCAAUAGACACGACCCAGCUCAACAUGUCUGUGACAGAUCCCACAGCCUGGGCCACAGCCAUGAACAACUUGGGCAUGGUUCCCGUGGGGUUGCCUGGACAGCAGCUUGUGUCUGACUCAAUCUGUGUCCCAGGCUUUGAUCCAAGCCUCAACAUGAUGACUGGAAUCACCCCCAUCAACCCAAUGAUCCCAGGCCUGGGGCUGGUCCCACCACCUCCGCCAACCGAGGUGGCUGUCGUCAAAGAAAUCAUCCACUGCAAGAGCUGUACUCUGUUCCCUCAGAAUCCAAAUCUCCCACCUCCAUCCACAAGAGAACGACCUCCCGGGUGCAAGACCGUGUUUGUGGGAGGAUUGCCUGAAAAUGCAACUGAGGAAAUUAUCCAAGAGGUCUUCGAGCAGUGCGGUGACAUCACAGCCAUCCGGAAGAGCAAGAAGAACUUUUGCCACAUCCGCUUUGCAGAGGAAUUCAUGGUGGAUAAAGCCAUUUACCUUUCUGGUUACCGGAUGCGAUUAGGUUCCAGCACGGACAAGAAGGACUCAGGCCGCCUCCAUGUGGACUUUGCACAGGCCAGGGACGACUUCUAUGAGUGGGAGUGCAAGCAGCGGAUGCGUGCGCGUGAAGAGCGGCACAGGCGCAAGCUGGAGGAGGACCGGCUGCGGCCGCCAUCGCCCCCAGCCAUCAUGCACUACUCAGAGCACGAGGCUGCCCUGCUGGCCGAAAAGCUGAAAGAUGACAGCAAGUUCUCCGAGGCUAUUACUGUGCUGCUUUCUUGGAUUGAACGUGGGGAGGUCAACCGGCGCUCUGCGAACCAGUUCUAUUCCAUGGUGCAGUCGGCCAACAGCCACGUCCGGCGGCUCAUGAACGAGAAGGCCACCCAUGAGCAAGAGAUGGAGGAAGCCAAGGAGAAUUUCAAAAAUGCCUUAACCGGAAUCCUCACUCAAUUUGAGCAGAUUGUGGCCGUUUUCAACGCUUCUACCAGACAAAAAGCUUGGGACCAUUUCUCGAAAGCCCAGCGCAAGAACAUAGACAUUUGGCGAAAGCACUCUGAGGAGCUCCGCAAUGCUCAAAGCGAGCAGCUCAUGGGCAUCCGCCGCGAGGAGGAAAUGGAAAUGUCUGACGAUGAGAACUGUGACAGCCCCACCAAAAAAAUGAGAGUCGACGAAUCAGCCCUGGCUGCGCAGGCCUACGCUCUGAAAGAAGAGAAUGAUAGCCUCCGCUGGCAGCUGGAUGCCUACAGGAACGAGGUGGAGCUGCUGAAGCAAGAGAAAGAACAGCUCUUUCGGACGGAAGACAACCUUACCAAGGACCAGCAGCUACAGUUCCUGCAGCAAACAGUGCAAGGCAUGCAGCAGCAAUUGCUUACCAUCCAGGAGGAGUUAAACAAUAAGAAGUCAGAACUGGAACAGGCGAAAGAAGAACAGUCACACACACAAGCAUUACUCAAAGUCCUCCAGGAACAAUUAAAAGGUACCAAGGAAUUGGUGGAGACCAAUGGCCACAGUCAUGAAGAUGCAAAUGAAAUGAAUGUGUUGACAGUAGCAUUAGUCAAUCAAGACCGAGAGAAUAAUACUGAGAAAAGAAGCCAAGGCUUAAAAUCAGAGAAAGAAGCUCUGCUAAUAGGCAUCAUCUCAACGUUCCUUCACGUCCAUCCUUUUGGAGCCAACAUAGAGUAUCUCUGGUCAUACAUGCAGCAGCUGGACUCCAAGAUCUCUGCCAACGAAAUUGAAAUGCUGUUGAUGCGGCUGCCACGCAUGUUCAAACAAGAGUUCACAGGUGUUGGGGCCACGCUGGAAAAACGCUGGAAGUUGUGUGCCUUUGAAGGGAUCAAGACUACCUAACUCUGAAGAGCAGGAAAGAAAACAAAAAAAACCCCUAUCUCUGGAAACGCAAGUGUGUGGAGGCAGCCGGGGCCUUUGGGCCUGAGAACAGGAGGUUUGCAACUGGCCAGUACAGGGCCUUGGUGGAGCCAUCACAGCCCUGACCUUAGUGGCAUCUGUGGCAUCCUCUUGUGAGUGGAAAUGUAGUUGUGUAGCAGCUCCUUCAACUCAACCAAGCUUCAUACUGUGA